GAUAUAUUGGUGCUGACAUCUCAAACACAACUGCCGAGAGUUGCAAGGAAGCAUGUUUGAGAAAAGGGUGCUCAUGCACAAUUGCCCUGUUUCGUAACCAAACGGAUUUCUCUGGUGGAGACUGCUAUCUGUUAUCACAUUCAUUUUCCCUUAUGGACAACGUUUACGGGAACCACUCCACCUCCGCAUUUAUCAAAGUCAACGACAGUUCAGACACACGGAUGACAUUACCAAUCUUUCCAAGAAAGAAUAGGGGACGAACCAUGUUAAUAAUAGGGACUACUGCUGGAGCAGUUUCAUUGUUCUUAGUAAGCCUAUUUGGGAUUAUCAUUUCAAAUAAGGUGAGAAGAAAGGCCAUCGAGGAUGAUGAUCCAGACUUACCAAGGCUCCAGAUAACUCGAUUCCCUUAUGAGGACUUGAAGGCAAUGACCGGAGAUUUCAGCAUCAAGCUAGGGGAAGGAGGAUUCGGCUCGGUGUUUUUAGGAACUUUACCCAGUGGCACUAGGAUUGCGGUCAAGCGCCUUGAUGGUUUUGCACAGAUAAAGAAGUCAUUCUUGGCCGAGGCUGGAACCAUAGGCAUUAUCCAUCAUGUCAACCUGGUGAGACUACUCGGAUUUUGCGCUGAGAAAUCACAUAGGAUUUUAGUAUAUGAGUACAUGUGCAAUGGUUCUCUUGAUAAGUGGAUCUUCCGUAAAGAUCAAGAGUUUGACAUCUGUUGGCAAGGGAGGAGAAAGAUUAUCCUCGACAUUGCCAAAGGACUAGCCUAUCUCCAUGAGGAGUGCCAUAAAAAAAUAAUGCACUUGGACAUCAAACCCCAGAAUAUACUACUGGAUGAGCAUUUCAAUGCGAAGCUCGCUGAUUUUGGGCUGUCAAAGCUAAUUGAUAAGGACCAAAGCCAUGUCAUGACAACCAUGCGAGGAACACCGGGUUACCUUGCUCCGGAGUGGUUAAGCUCUGUUAUCACGGAAAAGGUAGACGUGUACAGUUUUGGCAUCGUAACGCUAGAAAUCCUAUGUGGGAGGAAAAAUGUGGACCGCUCUUUGCCGAGUGAUGAAUCACAUAUGGUGACCCUUUUCAAGUGCAAAGCAGAACAAGAACAAUUACUGGACAUGGUUGAUAAGUCCAGUGGUGACAUGCAACUACACGGCCAAGAAGCUGUCAAGAUGAUGAAAAUCGCAGCACGGUGUUUGCAAGAUGACUAUAGGAAGAGGCCUUCCAUGUCUGCAGUGGUCAAAUGCUUGGAGGGCUUAGUUAGUACAGAUAGCUCAAGUCAUAGCUUCUCAGUUCCUUCUAGUCACAGUAAGCAGAUUGUUGAUGAAAUUACUGAGCUAUCAGCCUUGCAAUUAUCAGGUCCUAGGUGAAGAAAACUAAUUUCAAAGUUAUCUCCAGCGCUUCGAUGGAGUGACUCUUUGAUAGAACUAGGCUUUUUAGUUCAUUCGGAUCACAACAAGCACGUUGUCAAUCAAUUUACCGAGCUAGCCUCGCGAUCACCAGGUCCUAGGUAAGCAGAACUCGUAUUGAUUUUAAGCUCCUACGUAUCAAUUCUUUAAGAGCUCUCUUUGCACUAUUAAACUUCCGCUGUCGAGUCUUCCUGUCUGAUUAAGAUAUGAACGGGGGUAAACGAGAUCAAUUUCUGAA